AUGGUAAGUGGAACGGGUCCAGCACCGAAUCAGGCCGACACUGUAGCAUUCUGGCGCGGCCUGUGGUCAGAGCCCGUAAACCACAGCGAGGGCCCUUGGACGGAAGUUGUGGCGAGUCAGUGUGCGGGUAUUACGCCCAUGGACCCCGUCAUCAUAACACCGGAUGACGUAGCUGAGGCGGUCCGUAGGGCCCCGAACUAG